AUGCUGGUGCAAUGGACGACGCGGGACAAGGGGUCUCCAGUGGUGAGGUGGGGCACACGGUCGGGGGAGUUGUCAUCCAGCUCCAGCGCCACAACAGACACAUACAGGCGGGAAGACUUGUGCGGUGGCGUGGCAAACACGACUGGCUACAUCAAUCCUGGGCUGUUCCACACUGCAAAAAUGAGCGGCCUGGCGCCUGACACACGCUACUUCUAUGCCUAUGGCAAUGAGGACUUUGGCUUCAGUGAGGAGCUGUCGUUUGUGACCGCGCCGCCGCCGGGCUCGGACGUUACUGUGAAGCUGCUGGCGAUUGCUGACCUGGGCUUCUGUGAGGAGGACGGCUCCAUGACUUGGCCUGGCAACUACCCCAAUGCUAACGCCCUGCACAUGGGCUGGGUGGACUACUGCGCGGCGCUCAUCACUGCCAAGCGCAUGCAGGAGGACAUCGACGGCCGCACACUCAUCGUGCACAACGGCGAUGUCAGCUAUGCAGAGGGCUUUGUGUACGGCUGGAAUGUGUUCAUGGACAUGAUGGGGCCGGUGAUUCAGAAGGCCCCAUACAUGCUCACGCCAGGCAAUCAUGAGAGGGACUGGCCGGGCACGGGGACGCGCUUUGACUUCCCGCCUGCGUACGACUCUGGCGGCGAGUGCGGAGUAGUCUAUGACAAGCGCUUCCCCAUGCCUCUGCAGGGCAAAGACAAGGAGUGGUACAGCUUUGACCACGGGCCGAUCCAUUUCCUGCAGUUUUCCACGGAGCACGAUUUCGCGCCCGGCUCGGAGCAAUACGCCUGGAUCCUGCGCGACCUGCAGAGGGUGGAUCGCUCGGUCACCCCUUGGCUGGUGGCCGGCUUCCACCGCCCCUUCUACACUGAUAGCGUCUAUGGCAACUCCGACUCCGGCGAUGUCGGAUUCACUGAUGCCAUCCGCGCUGCCCUGGAGCGCCUCUUCUUCCAGUAUCAGGUGGACGUGACCUGGUUUGGUCACGUGCACUCAUACUCGCGCACCUGCCCGGUCUUCCAGCGCAACUGCAUGGGCUACGCGGCGGACGGCAGCGCCAAUGCACCCGUCCACAUGCUCAUCGGCCAUGCAGGAGCCCCCUACUCGUGGACCAUCAGCCCGGACACGCCGCCCUACUAUGAGAGCGUGGCCAUCCAGCACGGCUACCUGCGCGUCGCUGCAAACAGGACCACCUUUCACAUGGAGGCAGUGAACAGCCUGGACAGCGAGGUGGUGGAUGACUACACGCUGACUAAGCCAUCCGGCUGGCGGCCAGAUCAGGCGGCGCAGCUGGCCACAAUCGCGCUGUUCCACUCCAACUACACGCCCACGUGGCUGGAGCUCUCCGGCAUCAACGGCCCCGCCGAGGACCUCGUGCUGCGCCCGGCCGAGGCGCUGCUCUUCUCCGACCCCGACCUGCUGCACUCGCUGCGAAACGCCACCCUCGUGAAGAACCCCAUCGCCUAUGACACUGUCGAGGCCCUGGAGCAGAUCUUUGAGCCCAUCAACAGCAUCUUCCAAGAGCGCUUAGCCGACUCCGCAGCGACUUCUGAUGCGGCAAAGUUUUUCUAUGAGCACUACUUCAGGGAUCUGUUUGCAUUGUACAGAGAGCACAGGGACGGCCUUGUCAAGGGCCGCAAUAGCUCCCUGGCAACUCCUGUCAGGCUGCCUGUAGGGCAAAAAUAGAUUGUGACCAUUUUGUCCUUGAAAAUUCGUCACAUAUACAACUUCUAGGUGGGUGUUGCCACCUCAUUGUGCUUGUUUGCUAGCAAAGUUGUUGCAAAUACAAAAUGCGCAAGUGCGGUUUUGCUGAGACGUUGCUGGUAGUACUGCUGUGCCGCACGGUAGCUUCGGACAUUUCUUUCGGUCACUAGUGUACUGACAGUUAUGGCAGUCCAAUAUUCUUAUCAUUAAUAUUACGAGCUGCCUUGGCACCAGUACCUUGUAACUGUUGUCUAUUGCCGC